ACAGAAGUGUUUCGGCCCUCCAUGACCGGAAUUGAACGUCCCUGCUGUAGGCUUAAUCAGGAAUCUGAUAGUGUAUGACUAAAGGGAUCACAGGUUUCUGGGGAUUGGAGUCCAUUAUGGUAUCAUUACAGCUGAGGAGAGGAAGCCACAUCAGACUAUUGAGAUGCGCCUGUCACAUCACUGGUCUUUUACUUGGAGGUUUGCCAGCAGCAAACUUUCUUUCUCGCCACGAUAGACAGUUACUAACAGGCCGAUGUGAAAAGAGGCACAACGUGGAAGAGCGUAGUUAUUUUUCUAUUCUGGAUGUAAUGUCACAGACAGUUACACCUUUUUAAUUUCACAACAAAAGCCUGGGGAUCCGCGCUGUGUGAGGUGUCUGUAAUUGCUUUGUAAAUAGUAUAUAUUUUUUUCCUGAAUAAUCUGUAGCCUCGUUGUGGGAAUUGCAGCCAUAUCCCAACGUAGCCUAAAGAUGAACAAACAGGCAGUUUAUGAGGGUCGCGGGGCGAUAUAAUAUUCAACACGCGCACAAAUAUGAAAGAUAUUCAGCAACUCUUGGGGGACAAUACUUUAUUAUUAAAACCAACGUGUUUCUGACAGCCUGAUGAAGGCUAUUGGUUUUGAUAAUAAACAAGUAUGUUUCUUGUCAACUUUUAUUGUCCCUCAAGAGUUUAUGAAUAUCAUCCACAUUUCCAGUUUUCUCUAUUAAUGCAGCUUGGUUGGAAAGCGAAGAUGGUGAACCACAGUUGACCUUUUUCCUCUCCCAGUCUGAAAGCUCACACAGUGUUAUUUAACACUUACUCUGCAGCAGUGCAGACAGGGAGAGAGACAGAAGAACAGUAGAGAGCCAGCAGGGAACCAGGCCUUGAUCCCCAGCCUGCUGGCAUCCCAAAGGCUGCAUCCCCAACAUUCAACCUCCUGUCUGGGGGGGGAACCACAGCUAAGCCCCCCAUGGGAGCCAUGGAGCCAUGUCAGGCACUGUAGUGACUGGAGCAUAGGAGGAGGGGAAGAUUAAACACUAAAGCAGGUUAUUAUUGCAUUAAAGUGUUGUUGACCUUCAUUAGUGUCGGUUAGCCACUUAGGUGGAGGUAGGCUCUGUCUGUGGAAGGCAGUGCAGUGUGUUGGGUUAUCAUAAGGCCUGUAGGACGGCAAGGAUAUUCAAGCGUGAAAUACUAGGGGAGAGAUAAGAAUGUGUGUCAUUGGCACAGUGCUCAGUAGCGUGGAGAGUGAGGCCAGGAAGACAGUGUGUUAGUGUGUGAUAUGCAGCUGGGAGAAGGAUUCAGCACAGGUGUGUUUGAGUGAAAUAGCAGGAUUUGCUUGCAGCUGAGCGAAGGUGCUGUGUGUGUGUGUCAUUAGAUCUGCCAUUAGAAACAAGGUGCUGCAGUACAGAGAGGGGGCCAAGUCAGCACCCAUAGACACCUCUGCUAUCUCAGUCUGAAACCCCCACCCACCACCUCUCAUAUCAACCCACCCUGUUCUAUUUCAGGACCUGGGCAGGCAUGUGGCAGUUGGGUGAGCAUAACAGCACGCCUGUCCAGGAGAGCAAACAGGACCUGUGAUCUCUUUGGUCAACCAUACAUACACUAUCAGACGAUCCAGACAAACCCAGGGCUUCUCAGAUUACGUUUUUGGUUUAGUUACCAAAGUGGAGUUUGCAUAUGCUUUAAGCUGAACUGCGUGAGUUUACUUUAAGUCUGUUCUGGUUUCUCCUCAUUUGUCUUGCUGCUCUGCUCUCUCCCUCCCUGCUGUGUGAGUAGUCAGACAGCGACAGUGGCAGUAUGAGUAGCCGCUCCCAGUCCGUGCCCAGUCUGGAGCCUGGCAGGGGCCUACUCUGCACCAAAAGCCCUGAGCCGGCCAAGACACAGCCCGGGGUCAGGGUCAGGAGUCCCUCGCCACCCAGGGUACGCGGGGCCGUAAAGGUCCCUGAACGCUUCAAAAGUCCAGUGCCUCUAAUCCAGAUGCCAGCACAGCACUUCAGGAGCCCUGACCCACGCAGAGCUUCCAUGAUUAGCCCUGAGCCUGUGCUGAACGGGAACAGCAAGCCCAAUGGAUCCGUUAACGGCAGUGCCGUCAAUGGGAGCUCUGCCAAUGGCAGUGCCAGACAGCCAGACCUGGACAACGAUGAUCAUAGCCUUACCCGCAAGAAGGUAGGAAAGGUGGUGCGUCAAGUGGUGAGGAAGGUACUACCUGCAGAAGAGGAGGAUGCUCCAGCUCCUGAGCCUACCAAACCUGCCCCUGAACCUCCUAAAUUGGUGCCAUUGCAAGCGCCAUCAUCUGUGCCCAAGGUCCCAAAGGUUCCACUGUUCUCUUUCAAGCACGACACCAUCAAGACGGAGGAAAAGGACGAUAUAUCAGCAGGGCUGGCCAGCCUCAUGGUCCGCGGGAGGACCAGGAACCGCCCUCGCACACGCAUGGAUGAGCCACCUGAAAAAAAACAAGAGGAAGCAGUGAAAAGAGAGGAAAAAGAAAGCCCUAAAUUGGUUGAGAUUAAAUCUAUCCCUAAUGUCGGCCCAGUUUCAAAACAGGAGGAUAAGAAUCCCGUGUCGGCUGCACCUGCUAAAGUUCCUCCUACUGCUUCUAAUUUGACCUCGGUUCCCUCCAAGUCUGCACCCGUAGGCUUCAUCCCUGCCUCAAAGCCUUCCCCUCUCUCCCUUCCAGCAGGUUUCAUCCCACCACCAAAAUCAGCCUCCCUUUCCCCACCUGCUGGGUUUGUACCAGCACCAAAAUCAGCCCCCCUUUGCCCACUAAAUGGGUUUGUACCAGCACCAAAAUCAGUCCCCCUUUCCCCUCCAGCAGGGUUUGUACCAGCCCCAAAAUCUACUGCUGUUAGUCGUUCAGUUUCCACUGUAGCCCCCAAAUCCUCCCCAGCCAUUCCCCCAUCAUGCUUCAUCCCACCACCAAAAUGUACCCCCCUUGCCCCUCCAGCAAGGUUUGUACCAGCACCAAAAUCCUCCCCAGCCAUUCCCCCAUCAUGCUUCAUCCCACCAACAAAAUCUACCCCCCUUGCCCCACCUGCCGGGUUCAUACCAGCCCCAAAAUAUACCCCCCUUUCCCCACCUGCUGGUUUUGUCCCCUCUUCUAAAUACUCCCAUGUCACUCCCCCUUCAGCAUCCAUUCCCACCUCUAAGUCCUCCCCCAGUACUCCCCCUGCAGGGUUCGUCCAAGCCCCCAAGGCCUCGCCUCUCUCCCCUACUCCUCCCAAAGCCUCGCCUCUCUCCCCUCCUUCCGCCUUCAUCACUCCCAAGGCGAAUGCCCUCUCUCCACCACCGGUGUUCAUCCAGCCCCCCAAACUGCCAGCUGUGAAGAAGCCUGAGGUGACAGCCUCUCCCCUGUCCUCUGUUCCCAUUGAGAAGGCUUCACCACAGAACAAUUCAUCAACCGUUUCAUCAAAGACUACCCCAACCAUAACCCAAAAGGAGGCGCCGCUCAGUCCCACUGAAGAGGCUCAGAGACGCCUGGAGAGGAUCUUCAGUGUGCCUCUGGAGCCGGUGGUUUGUGCCUCAGCCCCGACCCUUUCUCCAGCCCCAACCCCCCCUCAGGGACAGGUGGACGAGGACCCCGUGGCCAUCCUUCAGGCGUCUCACGCCGCUGCCCAACAACCCAAGGUGAAGACAGAGGAGCAGAUAGCCGCAGAGCAGGCAUGGUACGGCUCAGAGAAGGUCUGGCUGGUCCACAAGGAUGGCUUCUCCCUGGCGACGCUGCUGAAGACGGAGGCGGGCUCUCUGCCGGAGGGGAAAGUGAAGAUCAAACUGGAACACGACGGGACAGUGCUGGACGUAGAUGAGGAUGACGUGGAGAAGGCGAACCCCCCGUCGUUUGACCGCUCUGGGGACCUGGCCUCGCUGCAGUACCUCAAUGAGUCCAGUGUAAUGCACUCCCUGCGCCAGCGCUACGGGGGAAACCUCAUCCACACACAGGCCGGGCCCAACAUGGUCAUCAUCAACCCCCUCAGCGCACCCUCCAUGUAUUCAGAGAAGGUGAUGCACAUGUUUAAGGGGUGCAGGCGAGAGGACACAGCACCUCACAUCUACGCGGUGGCCCAGUCGGCCUACAGGAACCUGUUGACCACGCGUCAGGACCAGUCCAUCGUGCUGCUGGGGAAGAGCGGCAGCGGCAAGACCACCAACUGUCAACACCUGGUCCAGUACCUGGUCUCCAUUGCUGGCAGCACCGGAAAGAUCUUCUCUGGGGAGAAGUGGCAGGCAGUAUACACCAUCCUGGAGGCAUUUGGAAACAGCUCCACCUCCAUGAACACCAAUGCCAGCCGCUUCUCUCAGAUUGUCUCUCUGGACUUCGACCAGGCUGGCCAGGUGGCCUCCGCAUCCAUACAGACCAUGCUGCUUGAGAAGCUGAGAGUGACCAAACGGCCGGAGACUGAGUCCACCUUCAACGUCUUCUACUACAUGAUGGCCGGAGCUGACACCACACUCAGAACGGAGCUGCACUUUAACCACUUUGCAGAGAACAGCGCCUUCGGAAUUGUGCCUCAGUCUAAACCGGAGGACAAACAGAAGUCAUCUCAGCAGUUCACCAAGCUGCAGGCAGCCAUGAAGGUGCUGGGCAUCUCAGUGGAGGAGCAGAGGGCUCUGUGGCUCAUCCUGGGGGCCAUCUACCACCUGGGGGCCGCAGGGGCCACCAAAGAGGCUGACGAAGCUGGCCGUAAGCAGUUUGCCCGUCAUGAGUGGGCCCAGAAGGCAGCCUACUUGCUGGGCUGCACCCUGGAGGAGCUCUCCUCUUCCAUCUUCAAGCACCAGGCCAAGGGGGCCCUGCAGAGGUCCACCUCCUUCCGCGGGGGGCCCGACGAGGCAGGGGCAGGAGACGGCUCAGGCUCUAAGAUCACAGCCCUGGAUUGUCUGGAGGCCAUGGCUUCAGGCCUGUACUCAGAGCUCUUCACCCUCGCUAUCUCCCUCGUCAACAGAGCUCUGAAGUCCAGUCAGCACUCUCUGUGCUCUCUGCUCAUCGUGGACACACCGGGUUUCCAGAACCCUCGCAUGGCCAAGCUCCAGCGCGGUGCCACCUUCGAGGAGCUGUGCCACAACUACGCCCAGGAGCGCCUGCAGACCCUGUUCCACGAACGCACCUUUGUACAGGAGCUGGAGAGAUAUAAGGAGGAAAACAUAGAGCUUGCAUUAGAUGACAUAGAGUCCAGUACCUCAAUGUCUGUAGCAGCUAUAGACCAAGCAUCAACCCAAGCGCUGGUGCGCACCCUGGCGAGGACAGAUGAGGCUCGAGGUCUGCUGUGGCUGAUGGAGGAGGAGGCUGUGCAGCCAGGGGGCUCUGAGGACACUCUUCUGGAGAGACUCUUCAGCUACUACGGCCCCGACCAGGGGGACAACAAGGGACACGCCCUGCUCCUGAAGAGCGACAAGCCGCAUCAUUUCCUGUUGGGCCACAGCCACGGGACAGACUGGGUGGAGUACGAUGCUCAGGGUUGGUUGAGCCACGCCAAGCAGAACCCCGCCUCCCAGAACGCUGCCACUCUGCUGCAGGACUCACAGAAGAAGAACAUCAGCAGUCUGUUCUCUAGUCGUAGUGGAGGGCCCACAGUGCUGUCUGGCUCCAUCGCAGGGCUGGAGGGGGGAUCUCAGCUGGCCCUCCGCAGAGCCACCAGCAUGAGGAAGACCUUCACUACAGGCAUGGCCGCUGUCAAGAAGAAGAGCCUCUGUAUCCAGAUCAAACUGCAAGUGGAUGCUCUGCUGGACACGGUGCGCAGGUCCAGGGUUCACUUUGUCCACUGCCUGCUGCCCAAGGCAGACGCGGUGGGGGUGGGCGGGGACCCGCGCGUGGCCCAUGGAGAGAGCUGCGAUUCAGGCCUCAUGCAGCUGGAUGUGGGCCUCCUGAGGGCUCAGCUCCGUGGAUCUAAGCUUAUCGACGCCCUGCGCAUCUACAGGCAAGGAUACCCUGAUCACAUGGUGUUUUCCGAGUUCCGACGCCGCUUCGACGUGCUGGCGCCCCACCUGACCAAAAAGCAUGGGCGCCACUACAUCGUCACAGACGAGAAGAGAGCUGUGGAGGAGCUGUUGGAGUCUCUAGACUUGGAGAACAGCAGUUACCACAUGGGCCUGAGCAGGGUGUUCUUCAGAGCGGGGACCCUGGCCAAACUGGAGGAGCAGAGCGACGUCCAGACCAGACGCAACAUCACCAUGUUCCAGGCUGCCUGCAGAGGAUACCUGGCCAGACAGGCUUUCAAGAAGAGGAAGAUCCAGGACCUGGCUAUCCGCUGCAUCCAGAAGAACAUCAAGAAGAACAAGGGAGUGAAGGGCUGGCCCUGGUGGAAGGUGUUCACCACAGUACGCCCCCUUAUAGAGGUCCAGCUCACAGAGGAGCAGAUACGCGGCAAAGACGAGGAGAUCCAGCAGCUGAAAGGGAGGCUGGAGAAGGUGGAGAAGGAGAGGAACGAACUGAGACUCAACAGUGACCGCCUGGAGAGCCGGAUCACAGAGCUGUCGUCGGAGCUGGCAGACGAGAGGAACACAGGAGAGUCGGCCUCUCAGCUGCUGGAGUCUGAGACCUCAGAGAGACUGAGACUGGAGAAAGACAUGAAAGACCUGCAGACUAAGUUUGACUCGAUGAAGAAGUCUACGGACUCUAUGGAGAUGGAGGUGAUGGAGGCCAGACUCCUCAGAGCCUCAGAGCUCAACGGAGAGAUGGACGAUGACGACACAGGGGGAGAGUGGAGACUGAAGUAUGAGAGGGCCAUCAGAGAGAUAGAGUUCACCAAGAAGAGGCUUCAGCAGGAGUUUGAUGACAAGCUGGAGGUGGAGCAGCAGAACAAACGGCAGCUGGAGAGGAGGCUAAGUGACCUCCAGGCAGACAGUGAGGAGGUGCAGCGUACGGCCCAGCAGCUGAAGAAGAAGUGUCAGAGAUUGACGGCUGAGCUACAGGACACCAAGCUACACCUGGAGGGCCAGCAGAGCCGCAACCACGACUUGGAGAAGAAACAGAGAAAGUUUGACUCCGACCAGAACCUGUCUCAGGAGGAGGUCCAGAGGGAGAGGAAUCUUAGAGAGAAGCUGAGCAGAGAGAAGGAUAUGCUGACUGGAGAGGUGUUCAGCCUGCGACAGCAACUGGAGGACAAGGACCUGGAGAUGUGUGCGCAGAACGUGAAGUUAGAACAGCUGGAGGUGGAGCUGCUGGACCUGUCGUCCCAGGAGACCAAGGACGAGGCAUCACUGUCCAAGGUUAAGAAGACGAUGCGUGACCUGGAGGCCAAGGUCAAAGACCAGGAAGAGGAGCUGGAUGAACAGGCCGGAACUAUACAGAUACUGGAGCAGGCUAAGCUGCGUCUGGAGAUGGAGACAGAGAGACUGCGCCAGACACACUCCAAGGAGAUUGAGAGUAAAGACGAGGAGGUGGAGGAGAUCAGACAGUCCUGCAGUAAGAAGCUGAAGCAGAUAGAAGUCCAGCUGGAGGAGGAGUAUGAUGACAAACAGAAGGUCCUACGUGAGAGGAGAGACCUGGAGACCAAGCUACUGUCUGCCCAGGACCAGGUGAAACCCAGAGACGUGGAGACAGAGAAGAGGCUGAGGAAGGAUCUGAAGCGCACGAAGGCCCUGCUGGCCGACGCCCAGAUCAUGCUGGACCACAUGAAGAACAACGCCCCCAGCAAGAGAGAGAUCGCCCAGCUCAAAAACCAGCUGGAGGAGUCGGAGUUCACCUGUGCGGCAGCAGUGAAGGCUCGUAAGUCUAUGGAGGUGGAGAUUGAGGACCUGCAUGUGCAGAUGGACGACAUCUCCAAAGCCAAACAGGCUCUGGAGGAGCAGUUGAGCAGGCUGCAGAGGGAGAAGAAUGAUCUGCAGUCUCGUAUGGAGGAGGACCAGGAGGAUAUGAACGAGCUCAUGAAGAAGCACAAGUCCGCUGUCGCCCAGUCGACCCAGAACCUAGCCCAGAUCUCUGACCUACAAGCCCAGCUGGAGGAGGCCCUCAAGGAGAAGCAGGAUGUCCAGGAGAAGCUCUCGGCACUGCAGAGCCAGCUGGAGUUCCAGGAGACUUCUAUGGUGGAGAAGUCUCUGGUCAGCAGGCAGGAGGCCAAGAUCCGAGAGAUGGAGACCAAGAUGGAGUUUGAGAAGACGCAGGUCAAACGCUUGGAGAGCCUGGUGGCUCGUCUGAAGGAGAACCUUGAGAAGCUAACAGAGGAGCGGGAUCACCGCAGCACCAGCGAGACCCGGGAGAAGGAGCAGAACAAGCGGCUCCAGAGACAGAUCAGAGAUAUCAAGGAGGAGAUGGGAGAACUGGCCAAGAAGGAGGGAGAGGCCAGCCGCAAGAAACAUGAGCUGGAAAUGGAUAUUGAAAGCUUGGAGGCAGCCAAUCAGAGCCUGCAGGCGGACCUUAAACUAGCCUUCAAGAGGAUUGGUGACCUCCAGGCCGCCAUCGAGGACGAGAUGGAGAGUGACGACAACGAGGACCUCAUCAACAGUUUACAAGACAUGGUGACAAAGUAUCAGAAAAGAAGGAACAAAACUGAGGGAGACUCAUCUGACUCGGAGGUGGAAGACCGUGUGGACGGGGUCAAGUCCUGGCUGUCCAAAAACAAGGGCUCGACCAAGAACCUCUCAGAUGACGGCAGCCUCAAGAGCUCCAGUUUUGCUGUAAACGUAGACGCAAAGGAAGGGAAAGAGUGGAAAGAGGGUAAGGAAUGGAAAGAGUUGAACAAAGAGGGCAAAGAGAAAGAGGUAGAUCAGAGCAGGCCGGUGUCUGUGAUGAGUUCCCUGAGCUACAGGAAGCGCUCCAACAUCAAUGACUCCAUCGGAGGUAAAGGGGACGACAGCUCCCUCUUCAGUUCCCUCAAGAAGGAUCAGGACUCCCAGGAGUCUUUCACCUCCUUCCGUAAGGCCAAGCCCAAAGGCUCCUCACCCCAGGAUGACUCCUACUCAGUCAGCUCCAGCUCCUGGAGGAAGUCCCAGACUGGGGACGAUGAUGACCGUGGCUCGGUUAUCUCCCAGGCCUACACUGAAGCCACCAGCAGGGCUAGGAAGGGCAUGGACAGCCGCUGGGGAGACUUCGACAAAGAGUCCAACGUGUCCUCGAUGGCCCCCAGCUGGGCCUCUGUUGCCACCACGCGUUGUUGCCUGAGCCUAGAGGACGACACCAAGUCGACCAUCAGCCUGGGUAUGUCCAGUCCCCUGAGCCACCGCCGCAGCACCUCCGCACACCGUAUGGACGAGUCAUAUGGAAGAAGCGGUCGCAGCCCCUCUCUCGGUCGCCGUUCUGGGGGCAGGAGCCCUGGCAGCGUGAGCCGUGCUGACUCACGCAUAUCUGACUUCCGUCGCUGCCGCCUCAGCGAGUUUGAUGACAUGGAGGACGGUCACAGCGUGGCCUUCACCGAGCGCUCCUCAGCCUACAGCCCCCACUCCUCCACGGGACGCAGCCUGUCCAUGCCCCCGCCACGCGCCCGCUCCUCCUACAGAGAUGAUGACGAGCUCCCUGACACCUCGGAUGUCAAGCCGGCCACCGUCAGCCACCGCAACUACCUGGACCCCGACCUAGAGAAGGCCAUCAACGAGGUGCUCAACUUCAAACCCAUAGAGUUCAAACGCACCAGCCUGGAAGACUCGGAGGCCGAGGCAGGGAAGAAAGAGGAGGACACAGAGGACGACAGGAAGAGUGUGCUUAGCGUCAGGGGGAGAGGUGACCGGGAGGCAGACAGCAGGCGUAGCACCAGCAGUCUGAGACGCUCAGCGUCGGCCAUGGAUUGUAGGAGGUCCUCCAGCAGCAUGAGCAGCCGCAGUCGCAGCCACAGCCGCAGCGCAAAGAAGAGCAAAGGCAAGAAGAAGAAGAGGAGCCACAGCUCCGAGUCAGACCGCUCCGAUGAUGACCGCCGCAGCAAGAAGGGCAGCUCCAAGAAGAAGGGCAAGAAGUCCAAAAAGGAGUCCUCUUCUUCUUCAUCCUCGGAUUCAGAGUCUGACUCAGAGUCUGGCUCCAGCUCUGGUGCUUCUACCAUCUCCUACAAAAGCACCAACAGCGUGAAGAGAGCCCCUGGCCUAGAGGGGGAGAGGGAGGCUGGGACGCCUGCUGAGGCGUCCCAGCCUCCUAACAAGAAGGAGGAGAAGAAUAGGAAGAAGAAAGUGGACAACGUGAUGAUGAAGUAUCUGUACAGACCGGACAGUGACUGAGGCUGGCAUCCUCCUAGCCGAAGACGGUUCUGCUUUGACAAAUCUGACGAAGAGGAAGAGGAAGAAGAAAAAGCAGAAGGGGGUGUGUCCCGAGGGUCCUACCGCUCCAGAUACACACGCGGCAGCUAUCUGAACAACAGUGACAGCGAAGACAAGCCCUCUGAGACAACAUAGUUAACACACA